AUGUUAAGGCAUUACUUUACAUCUAGUCGACGUUUCGCCCUUCAUCGCCCAUUGCUUAAAUGUACUCCACUGCAGUAUUCGCUGUGGUCAUGCCGUGUGGAGUCAGCAAAGUAUUUUAUGAGCACUGGAGGACCAAAGCAAAGUAAUAUAAAUGAUGAUAAAAAAUUUAAACGACUUUUCUCUUGUAGUACCGCUCUUAGAGAUGUAAUGCUUUCACUACCCUCUCAUACUCGUACUUUACUCUCUUUGGAAAAUGUGUUACUCACAUAUCGAACGAUGUUGGGAGUUAAACAUGCAGAUCUAUCAAAGAAACCAGAUGGAGAUGGUUCUAAACAGAAUGAAGGUAGUAAUAAGAAGAAAAAUGAUGGUAAUAAGGAUGAUUCAAAAUCUUCAGAUGAUGAUGGUAAUGAAGAAUUUCUCUUAGCACGUGCUUUGCUUUUUGUAUUGGUUAUGUUUGGAGUAUCGUAUGUGUUGUAUAAGUUAUCAAAGCCAUUUGGUAAACAAACAGGCUGGGCUUCACUUAUUAAACAUGCGGAUCUUGUUGAGAGUAUUCAUCUCUAUCAUAAUUAUGCUCAAGUUUACUUGGAGGAUGCCAAAGUAUAUCUUGGAUUAGUGGAUGAUCAACAUACUCAAGAACGAUUGGAUCAAUUGCGUACCGCACAAAUAAAAGCAAAAUUAGAAAAAAAAGAUUCAGAAGAUUCCAACUCUGGAACAUUUGAAUUAGUAGUAAAAGGUACACCAUUAGCAGAAACAGCACUUGUAGGACUUGGUAUAUUUGCCUGGGUGGUACCAUUUGUAUUUUUUCCUGUUUUUGUAAUGAUUCUUUCUAAUUCUAUUGGAAAAUCACUUACAAUGACUAUGGAGGCAGGAAAAAAAUCACAAAAAAUUAAAGAUAUGGUAUUUCGCGUGGAGCAUACUUCUAAUACACGAUUUCAUGAUAUUGCUGGUAUGAAAGAAGCAAAACAUGAAAUUACAGAAGUAGUGGAUUUUUUGCGCCAUCCAGAACGUUAUACUUCAUUAGGAGCAAAAAUUCCAACAGGUGCUCUUUUACUUGGACCUCCUGGAACAGGAAAAACAUUAUUAGCUAAAGCAGUUGCAGGAGAGAGUGGUGUUGGAUUUAUUCCUGUAUGUGGAUCAGAUUUUGUUGAACUUUAUGUAGGUAUGGGUGCAUUACGUGUUCGUCAGUUAUUUGAGGUGGCUAAAAAACAACGUUGUGUUGUAUAUAUUGAUGAAAUUGAUGCAAUUGGUUUAAAGCGAAGUGGAGCAGGUCAUGGUGAAAAACAAGAACAGGAACAUACUUUAAAUGAACUUUUGGCACAAUUAGAUGGUUUUAGUACAGCAAGUCGUGGUGAUGUUAUGAUUCUUGCUUCAAGUAAUGUUCCUCAAGAGCAGUUAGAUCCUGCCCUUAUUCGUCCUGGAAGAUUUGAUCGUAUUAUUCACAUUGAUGUCCCUGUCCUUUCGGAGCGAGUGGAUAUUUUUAAGGUCCACCUUAGUGGUUUAAAGCUAGUGGACAAGGAGGAUGAAAUGAAGGACACCGCCGUCUCUAAUGGUGUGACCUCCUCUGAAGAGGCAAAGAAAAAGAAGGAGACAACGACUAACACAGAGAAAGAGACAGAAACCAUCCAAGACACUUCCUCAAACCCCACCCAUCCCAAGGAGGACCCUAACUCUAUCUCUACUACUUCUCCCACUACUACUACUACUACUACGACUACUACGACUCCCAGUAGUGGUGGGGAUGUUGUGGGUAGCACGGCGUUGGUGGUGGGCGGUGUGCAGGCGGCGCUGGAGGCGGAGCGGGAGCGGCUGGCGGCGGAGGAGCGGCGGCUCGGCCACGCCUCCUUCGACUUCACCGCCCGACUCGCCCGGCGGGGGGUCCGGGAACGCGCCCUCCUCGAGGCGUACGCCGCCCGCAUGGCCGAUCUCUGCCCGGGCCUCGUCGGCGCCGACAUCGCGAGUGUCUGCAACGAGGCGGCCAUUCUCGCCGCGCGGGAGGCCGCCACUCACGUUGACGUUCGACAUCUCGAGCGCUCCGUCGAUCGCGUCCUCGCCGGCGUUGAGCACCGCAGCCGCAUCUUGACGCCUUUCGAGCGCCGCGUCGUUGCCCACCACGAGGCUGGACACGCCGUCGCUGGAUGGUUUCUACACCGUGCUGAUCCGCUUAUGAAGGUCUCCAUCGUCCCAAGAGGGGGGUCCGCAUUGGGGUACGCGCAGUACCUGCCAAGUGAGAAUUCUAUGCGCACUGCAGUGGAAGUGCGUGACUCUAUUUGCGUCACAUUAGGCGGUCGUGUCGCAGAGAAGAUUUUCUUUAAUCACCUCUCCACUGGGGCUAGUGAUGAUCUACGUAAGGUGACACAGAUGGCAUACAUGUACGUUAGUGCCUUUGAGUCGAGGGCAGUCUUUGAUGCACCAGGGAGUGCCUCAACACGCAUUGUGAAACCUUUUGGACCUAAACUAGCAAAUUUAAUGGAUGAGGAGGCAAAGAAACUGGUAGAUGAAUUGUAUGAUACCACCUACAAACUCUUAAUGUCAAAAAAAGAAGAUAUGGCAAUACUGGCAAAACACUUGCUAGAAAAGGAGGUGUUGACAUAUGAUGAUGUGGUAAGGUAUCUUGGGAGGCGCACUACGAGACCCUCUGACCGAAAAAAGCGUACGUAG